AUGGUGGAGGCGGUACCGCAGCUGAUCUCGUGGCUGGAGUCCAGGGGCGGGCGUCUCCGUGACAUCGAGGCCGGGGAGGUGGCCCAAGGUGGUCGAGGCAUCGUGGCCACCCGGGACAUUGCUCCCGGGGCCUGCGUCCUGGAGGUCCCCUUCCCCUGCCUCAUGACAUGCUCCAGUGCACUGGCCUGCCCCACGGUCAGCGCAGUGGUGAACGCUGGGCCACUCCCCUUGACCCCCUUUCAAGUGCUGACCAUACAUGUGUUGUUCGAGACGUCCAAGAAGGCGGGCUCGGCCUGGUGGCCCUACCUCCAGACCCUGCCGCACAGCUACACCUCCGGCCCCUACUUCGCCGCCUCCGACCUGGACGCGCUCGCCCCCGCCCCCUCCGUGCACCGCCGCGUGGCCGAGGCCGCGCAGCGCACGCGGCGCGACUGGCACGCGGCGCUCCCCGCGCUGCGCGCGAUGCCCUUCCCCGACGAUCGCUGGCGGCGGCUGGGUGCCUGGCGCUGGGCAGCCGCCACACUGGGAACGCGCACUAUGUACCUGCCGCCGGGCUACCCCGGCCACGCCGGCGGCGGGCCUCUGGGGCCCGGGCCCGACCCUGGGGGGCUGACCCCGUUGGGCGACUUGCACAACUACGCGCCGCCGGCGGGCCCCUUGGUCUUCCUGGACUACGGGCGGUACACCAACGCCGAGCUGAUGCAGCUGUACGGCUUCGUGCUGCGCGACAACCCGCACGACGCCGCGCCGCUGGAGGCGGCCAGCUUCUGCGUGGCCGCCCGGGAGGCGCGGGCCUUCACCUGGCUGCGCGGCGCCCUGGACCGCGAGCUGGCGGGCGCCACCCCGGUACUGGUGGAGGGCCUGCGGCGGGAGGAGGCGGGGCAGGGGCCGCCCACGCCCUGCGCGGAGGUGGCCCUGGCAUGGCUGAAGGAGCACGUGAGGAUACUGCUGAGGGGACUCCAAACCUGCGACACUGUCUUGAGUUCCCUGGCAGAGAUCGAUCCCGAGCGCACCGGAGUGAGAGCAGGGAGUUAG